AGGAAAGAGUGGGUGUCUAGGACUUGUACCACCCUGGGAUCGCUGCCUAAACCUUCUGGUCCGGACCCCGCCUCUGAGCACUUGCAAAUCAUUUUAGGCUCUAAUAUUUUUAAUUUAUUUUUUUUUACUAGGCUCGUAAUAAUUGUUUAUAAAUAACGAGAAGGAACCGAUCUUCUCUCGCCUCACCCAGUGUAUUGAGGCCUGAAUAUCAGGCACCUGGAGAGUAAAAGUACAAUGUGAUUUUCAGUCCAGGAAAGCCUGGUUGCUCAUCAGAUAUUUUCAAUAGCAUGGGUUAAAGUCCUUAAGCACCAGAACUGGGAAGAUGUCUUUUGAAACCAGAGGCCACUUAAGACUGUGGUGAAGGACUUGGUUGUUUGCUUGUGGGGUUUUGGUUUUGUUUUCUCUUUUUGGCGCGGGGGAGGUUAGGGCAGGGUCCUCAUUUGUAGCCUUGGCCGGCCUGGAACUCGCCACUGUGUGGACAGAUUGACCUCCGACUCAGCAGGCUCCUGGCUAUGGUUCACCAACUUCCGCCUCCUUAGUGUUGUAGUGUGGGGGAGCCAUCUUUGACUGCAGGAGUGAAGCCCAGCCGUGGAUGUCCAGCAUGGACGACUACAGAAUCCUGAGAGUGAUUGGCCAGGGCUCCUUCGGCAGGGCUCUUUUGGUUCUGCAAGAAAGCACUAAUCAGACAUUCGCCAUGAAAGAAAUAAGACUUUUCAAGUCUUUCUCUGAUACACAGAAUUCUAGGAAAGAGGCAGUUCUGCUGGCUAAGAUGAAACACCCCAAUAUUGUUGCCUUUAAGGAGUCAUUUGAAGCUGAAGGGCAUCUGUACAUAGUGAUGGAGUAUUGUGACGGAGGGGAUCUAAUGCAGAGGAUUAAACAGCAAAAAGGAACGUUGUUUCCUGAAGAUACGAUACUAAGUUGGUUUAUACAGAUUUGUCUCGGGGUAAAUCACAUUCACAAGAAACGUGUGUUACACAGAGACAUCAAGUCCCAGAAUGUCUUCCUCACCCAAAAUGGAAAAGUGAAAUUGGGAGAUUUUGGCUCUGCCCGUCUUCUCUCCAGUCCCAUGGCCUUUGCAUGCACAUACGUGGGAACACCUUAUUAUGUGCCUCCAGAAAUCUGGGAAAACCUGCCUUAUAACAAUAAAAGUGACAUCUGGUCCUUGGGGUGUAUUCUGUAUGAACUCUGCGCGCUGAAGCAUCCAUUUCAGGCAAAUAGUUGGAAGAACCUCAUCCUGAAGAUAUGUCAGGGGCCCAUCCACCCUCUGCCAGCCCUGUAUUCCUAUAAGCUUCAGUGUCUUGUCAAGCAGAUGUUGAAGAGGAACCCCUCGCAUCGUCCCUCUGCCACGACCCUGCUCUGCAGAGGCAGUCUGGCCCCACUGGUCCUGAAGUGCCUUCCCCCUCAGGUCAUCAGAGAAUACGGAGAACAGGUAUUAGAUGAAAUCAAAGUAUCUGAGCCUAAGAAAACGAAAAAAAGGGCAGACCCCAGCAGAGGCAGGAUAGCCCUGGGAGAUGAAGCAAACACCCUGCAAGAGGAAGAACAUGGCAGAAAGUGCAGCCAAGCUGAAUUGGAAGGCACUCAUACAAAUUCAGCGGGAAGUGCGCUGAGAGCAGCCAGAGGAGAUACAGGUAGUUCACCGGAGCACCGGAGGAACCUCAGGCAGCGGUGGGAGAGACACGACCCCAGUUCCGCUCUGGCAGCUCUGGAAAAAGCACCCGUCCUUACCUCCAGUUUUACGGCUGAGGAUGACAGAGGUGGUUCUGUGAUAAAGUAUGGUGAAAAUAAUGCCCGUAGGCAGUGGCUCAGGGAGCCCCCCGAGGCCUUGUUGUCCAUGCUGAAGGAUGCGGAUCUCAGCCUGGCAUUUCAGACCUACACAAUACAUAGACCAGGUGCAGAAGGAUUCUUGAAAGGUCCCCUUUCUGAAGAAACAGCGUCAGACAGUGUUGAUGGUGAUCAUGAUUCCGUCAUUUUAGAUCCAGAGAGAUUUGAACCUCGGCUAGAUGAAGAAGACACGGACUUUGAGGAUGACGAUGAAAACCCUGAUUGGCUGACAGAACUAAAGAAACAUGUGGAACACCAGGAUUUACGUGAUGGAAAAGUCCUCUGAGAAUGUGCCUGAGCCACGUGGGGGAGAUGCUGUCUAGAAAACUGAUGGCAGGAAGUGAAAAUGAAGACUGAAAAAAUGGAUCAACACACUUGAAAAGCAGUCCAGAAUCCUUGUGAGGUUUUUGAACACAAGGGAGGUCCAGCAGAUGCCGUGUGCCUUGCGUUCCGACAGAACGGAGGUGGAGUGCUAGCCUGUUGGUCACUAACUGUGUGUGUGUGUGUGUGCGCGCGUGUCUGUGUGUGUGUGAUAAUCGGAAACAACUUGACUUCUUUGAUCCCUCGUUUCCUUAACUAUACUAUAACAAUGCCUACCUCAUAGGAACCCUAACCAAGACAGUUAGAGCAACCCAUGUGUAAUGAUCCACAAUUACUGUGUAACACUCUCACUUUCCAAAUACAUUAAGUUAUGACCUA